AUGGCAAACACGAAGGACGCCGCGCGGCACAACGCCACACCCGUUGAACAGAAGGCGAGACAGCAGUCGGUGAUCGACGACUUGGCGUCGCGAAUCGACCGAAUAAGACUCGAUAACGCAAAAAGAGGCAUUAAUUACGACGGAAAGGGCUACUCUCACUACAGCCAACGCAACGCGCCGGCGAGUGUCUGCGAGGGGUUCCAGCAGCUUUCCAACGGUGAGAGGGUGAGCGGUAAUUUCGUGGUCCGAGACAAAUACACCCACGGUUACGGCGCCGCGUUACCCCCCCCAAAAUUCUUGUCUGCCAACCUCGACUCCGAGCGGUUGAAGGCGCUGGAAUAUGACGCGUCUUCCAAAACGGAAUCGAUCAACUCGCUGUGCUCCGACGCAAACGCGCCGUCUAGCCAGCGUGGUGGAGGUGUGCAGUCGGAAGUUGACGACUUCACCGACAGCAGCGACGACGAGGGGGGCAGCGAGACCUUCGACUGCACACUGAGCGAGAGCGAAGAUGGAGAUGCGUAUGUGUCCGGAGGGUACCACCCAGUGAAGCUGGGCGAGAUUUACGACGGGCGAUAUCGCAUCGAGGGCAAACUGGGAUGGGGAUACUUCUCAACGGUGUGGCUGGCGACUGACAUGCGCACCAAGCCCAUGACCUUCGUGGCCAUCAAGUUCCAACGUAGCGCGCAAAACCACACCGAGGCCGUCCGGGACGAAAUGGCCCUGCUGAAGAAGGUCCGUGACCAGGUCAUAUCCCGGUCGUGGAUAAGGACCAAGCGGUCGUACCGGCAAGCCUUGGGUAACCUGUACAACCCGACCCGCGGGGUUGUCUCCUUCCUGAACAGUUUCAAGGUGAAGGGGCCCAACGGGACCCACAUAUGUGUUGUUUUGGAGCCUAUGGGGCCCAACCUGCUCUCUCUCAUCAAGUUGUACAAGUUCAAGGGUGUGCCCAUGCACCUGAUCCGCAAGAUCACGGCGCACAUAUUGCUGGGUUUGGACUAUCUGCACCGCGUGUGUGGCAUCAUACACACCGAUCUGAAGCCGGAGAACAUUUUGGUCACUUCGAAACUCAACGGCUGCUCACCUCUCGAGAAGCAGGAGGUGGAAGUGCCCCCGCAGGAGCCGGUAAAAAAGACACAGAAACUGGACAUUACGUACGUGAAGCACUGCAUCAGGCCGAGUCGUAGUGACCCCAGCUGCCUGACGAGCUACGACACGCCGCAUGCCCUGCAGGACGCCAUGUUCCGCAAGCCUUACAACCAUGUGCCGUUCAAGAUAACGGAACCGCUCCGUGACGCGCAGGCGAAGGCCGCGGAGAUGGGCAUGUACCACCCAUGGGUUGCUGAGCAUGUAGGAUACAAGCCCACAAUCGCAGGGCUGCGCAAACGCCCAGUCGUCGUCAAGACGCAGCAGGGGCCAAUGCAGUUGAAGCCGGUCGACUUAUCGUUCUUCGACAACCCCAACGCGGUGUACAAGAUCUGCGAUCUUGGAAACGCGUGCUGGAUCAGCCACCAUUUCACCAACGAAAUUCAGACGCGUCAAUACCGCUCGCCGGAGGCCAUCCUGCAGGUGGGGUACGACCAGUCGGCUGACAUAUGGUCGCUGGCGUGCAUCAUCUUCGAGGCGGUGACGGGUGACUAUCUCUUCGAUCCGCACGGGAGCACCAGCCACGACCGCGACAUCAACCACCUGCAGCUGAUAGUGGAGCUCCUGGGGCCGAUCCCGCGGUGGAUGCUGAAGUCAAGUACGAAAUUCCGUCAAUAUGAGCGCGAGAUCAACGACGUCAAGCCGUGGCCACUGGAGAGUGUGUUGAUGAUCAAGUACAAGAUGAGCCCCCUCGAGGCGCAGGAACUCUCCCAGUUCAUGUUGUGCAUGCUGAAGACAAACCCCAAGGACCGCCUGCCCGCCGACACGCUCCUGCACAACCGGUGGUUGAACGGCAUGCCAUCACGCACGUCAACCGCUCGGUUGUAG